CGAGCGGCAGCUAGGGUUCCUAGCCGCCGCCGGCGGCCCUCCACCGCCGCCUGCCCAGCCGCUGGCGCCGCCUCCCCGUCGCGACCUCCUCCCUCCUCUACUGCUCGCCGGACCUCUCCGCCUCAAGAGCCCGCGAGGACCACCGGACCAGCAAGGGACGCCGUCCUCCACCUCCGCACGCCCUGCCGCCGGCGACGCCUCCCGCAGCCCCGACGCGAGCUCCUACCUCCACUCUGAAAGUAUGACUGAGAAGGCGGUGUGGGAUGAUGCCCAUCUCAAGAAACUCAUUGAAAUAUUGAGAGAAGAGGUUGAAAAGGGGAAUAGGCCAUUAGGUUAUUUAAACAAGAGGGGUUGGGAAAACGUUUUGGAGAAAUGGGAAGCUAGAACGGGAAAGAAGUAUCCCAAGGAUAAAUUCAAAAACAAGUGGGAUGCCAUAAAAAAUGAGUACACUUGGUUCAUGGAGUUGAAAAAUGAAGCAACUGGGCUUGGAUGGGAUGAUGCGAAGAGAACCGUUGAUUUCUCUAAAGAAUGGUGGGAUGAACAUAUCAAGAGAUGCCAAGAGAGUACAGGAAAGAAAUGCAAUCAUAUGAAGUUCAAAAAACAGGGACCAAAGCACCUUGAAGAUUUGCACAUCAUAUUUGACAAAGUACAUGUUACUGGGGCUAGUGCUUCUUGUGCUGGAGAUAUAUCUUCUGAUGAAUCAAGUGAUGAUAAUGCGGUUCCUUUCGAGAAGCCCGAUGGUCGUGCUGAAAUGAAGUUGGCAUCUUCGAAGAAACCAAAACCAAGCAAGAAGCGCAAGCAACCUUCUAACGCAAAUGAGGAGAAGGAAGAAAAGAGUCCAUUCUUACGAUUGUACAAGCAGACAUGCGAGAAAAUAGAAAGUGGAGUGGAGAAGAUAACUUCAAGUGUUGAAGCAUCAUCCGCUCCUCUCACAAACCAUGUUCCCACCAUUUCAGAAGUAAUGAAGAUGGUCAAAGAAUGUGGUGUGAAGGAAAAAACUGCUCUCAUGCACACAACCCUCACUCUUAUAGUGAAGCCCGAGUUUAGGGAAAUCUUCAAUGUUCUUGAAACAAAAGAAGGGAGGUUUGAUUUUUUUGAGAGGGAGCAUGAGAAGGAGAUGUUGAAGCACGUGUAGUGAAUCAUAUUUGUUUAUGUUAUAGACCUAUAUUUGCUUUCAUUGUGGACCAAAUUUGGUUAUUUGUGGACCAUAUUUGCUUUCGUUGUGGAUGUAAUUGCUUUUGUCGUGGACCAUAUUUGCUUAUGUUGGUUUACCAUAUUUAUGUUGUGACAAAUAUUUACUCCUGUUGUUUACCAUAUUUAUGUUGUGAGAAAUA